ACAUCACAGACCACAAAAACUUAUUCAUUAAAUUCAUAUUCUGAAUUCUCAAACUCUUUUUUCAUCCAAUUUCUCUCAAUUCUUAUGGCUAUACAAUCACCUUCCUCAUCCUCUUCAUUUUCCUAUGGAUUCACUUACCAAGUGUUCCUCAGUUUUAGGGGCAUUGACACUCGCCACGGUUUUACCGGAAAUCUCUACAAGGCUCUUACUGACAAGGGAAUCAAAACCUUCAUUGAUGACAAUGAUCUUCAAAGAGGAGAUGAAAUCACACCAUCCCUCCGCAAGGCCAUUGAUGAAUCUAGGAUUUUUAUUCCUGUGUUUUCUAUCUUCUAUGCCUCUUCUUCGUUUUGUUUGGACGAACUUGUCCACAUAAUUCACUGCUACAAGACAAAGGGUCGCCUCGUUUUGCCUGUUUUCUUCGGCGUGGAACCUACUAACGUGCGACAUCUGAAAGGUAGUUAUGGUGAAGCAUUGGCUGAGCAUGAAAAGAGGUUUCAAAAUGAUAAGAAUAACAUGGAGAGGUUGCAUCAAUGGAAGUUGGCUCUGACCCAAGCUGCUAACUUGUCCGGCUACCAUUCUAGUCAUGGAUAUGAAUACAAGUUUAUUGGAGAGAUAGUCAAGAACAUCUCCAACAAGAUCAGUCAUCAGCCCUUACAUGUUGCCAAUUACCCUGUUGGAUUACAGUCUCGAGUACAACAUGUGAAAUCGCUUCUUGAUGAAGGAUCUGAUCAUGGAGCCCACAUGGUAGGACUUUAUGGUACUGGAGGCUUGGGUAAAUCAACACUUGGAAAAGCAAUUUAUAAUUUUAUUGCUGAUGAAUUUGAAUGCUCAUGUUUUCUUGAAAAUGUGAGAGAGAAUUCAGCUUCAAAUAAAUUGAAACAUCUCCAGGAGGAGCUCCUUUUAAAAACACUUCAACUUGAAAUUAAGUUAGGAGGUGUUAGUGAGGGAAUUUCUCAUAUAAAGGAAAGGCUGCAUUCAAAGAAGAUUCUUUUGAUUCUCGAUGAUGUUGACGAUAUGGAGCAACUACAGGCUUUGGCAGGAGAACCUGAUUGGUUUGGCCUUGGAAGCAGGGUCAUCAUUACCACUCGAGACAAACACUUGCUAAGAAGUCAUGGGAUAGAAAGUACGCAUGAAGUGGAAGGGCUGUAUGGGACAGAAGCUCUUGAGUUGUUGAGAUGGAUGGCUUUUAAGAAUAACAAAGUCCCUUCAAGUUAUGAAGACGUUUUAAAUCGUGCAGUUUCAUAUGCUUCGGGCCUUCCCUUAGUUUUAGAAAUAGUGGGUUCCAACUUGUUUGGAAAGACGAUAGAAGAAUGGAAGGGUACAUUAGAUGGAUAUGAAAAGAUUCCCAAUAAAAAGAUCCACGAGAUACUUAAAGUAAGCUAUGAUGCUUUGGAGGAAGAGCAGCAAAGUGUUUUUCUAGACAUUGCCUGUUGCUUCAAAGGAUGUGGAUGGAAGGAGUUUGAAUAUAUACUUCGUGCUCAUUAUGGCCAUCGCAUAACACAUCAUCUAGUAGUGUUGGCUGAAAAAUCUCUCGUUAAGAUUACUCAUCCCCAUUAUGGAUCUAUUAAUGAACUGACACUACAUGACUUGAUAAAGGAAAUGGGUAAAGAAGUCGUCCGACAAGAAUCGCCCAAAGAGCCUGGAGAAAGAAGUAGAUUAUGGUGUGAAGAUGAUAUAGUUAAUGUUUUAAAAGAAAACACUAAGUUCCAGAACAUGAAAAUCUUGACAUUGGACAGGUGUGAAUAUUUAACCCAUAUACCUGAUGUCUCAGGUCUUCAAAAUUUAGAAAAGUUCUCCUUUGAAUAUUGUGAGAAUUUAAUUACAAUUCACAAUUCAAUUGGACACCUCAAUAAACUUGAAAGGUUAAGUGCAAAUGGUUGCAGCAAACUCGAACGUUUUCCACCUUUAGGGCUUGCAUCCCUUAAUGAAUUGAAUAUCUCUUAUUGUGAGAGUCUCAAGAGUUUUCCAAAAUUAUUAUGCAAGAUGACAAAUAUGAAAAUGAUUUGGUUGCAGAAAACUUCCAUAAGAGAAUUGCCAUCUUCAUUUCAAAAUCUCAAUGAACUUUUUCUGUUAACGCUAUGGGAAUGUGGAAUGCUGAGGUUCCCAAAACAGAAUGAUCAAAUGUAUUCUAUAGUGUUUUCAAAAGUGACAAAUCUUAUUCUCCAUGAUUGCAAGCUCUCAGAUGAAUGUCUCCCAAUAUUUCUCAAGUGGUGUGUUAAUGUGACAUCUCUAGACUUAUCAUAUAACAAUUUCAAACUUAUUCCUGAGUGCCUUAGUGAAUGUCACCUUCUUAAUAUCCUUAUAUUGGAUAACUGCAAGUCUCUGGAGGAAAUUAGAGGGAUUCCACCAAAUCUUGAAAUGCUUUCUGCAAUGGGAUGCAAAUCAUUGAGUUCUUCAAGUAGAAGAAUGCUAUUGAGUCAGAAGCUACAUGAGGCUGGAUGCAUUCUUUUUCGUUUCCCAAACUUCAGUGAUGGGAUUCCAGAUUGGUUCGAGCACCAAAGCAGGGGAGACACAAUUUCUUUCUGGUUUCGUAAAAAGAUCCCUUCUAAUAUUUCUAUUAUUCUUUUUCCGGGAUGUACUUGUAGUCCAAAAGUCGAUGUGAUUGUCAAUGGAUAUAAAUGUUUUCCUUGUAGUUAUUUAUUCUGGGGUUUUGAUUCAAUUGAGAUUUUGGAGUUAGAACAUUCAUUUUUGUUGAAUCUGAAAUUGAAACAACAGAUUUCACUUUUGGGUCGCAUGUCUGAAAUGGAAAAAGCACUUUUAAAAAAUGAAUGGAUCCAUGUGGAACUUAAUUUUGUAAAGAAUGUUUGGAAUAAAGGGAUCCAAGUGAUUGAAAAACUAAGCAGUGCACAAAUGGGAAUCCACGUGAGGAUGGAGAAAAGCAACGCAGAGGAGAACGUGAUAUUCACCGAUCCUCAUAGAGAAUAUAGAAAUACUUCAUUAUUACAAUUUGAGCCUCCUCUGAAAAAGCAAAGAUUGGUGGAAGUGGUAGUUUCAGACACAGAAAUUUGACAGCAGCAACAUCUAGCAUUAUUGUCACUGCAACAACAAAUGGCUUUAUUACCACAGCAACAACGUAUAACUGUUUUGUCAGGCAUGUGGAACUUGUUGCUAAGUGAAACAAAGCAAAGCACUUCUAAGAAAAAGCAUGCGGAAGUGGGAGUUUCGGAGACAGAAAUGCAAAACAUCUACCUUUAGUGUCAGGCAUGCAAAACUUGGUGCUUACUGAAACAAAUGAGGAACAUCUUUGCUAGAUAGAUUCCUUCGUCCAGUACAUUGUCAGGAAACCAUCUGUAGUCGUCUGGCUUUUUGCGUUGUCACACGAGAUGUGUAGUGAUGGCUCACCGCUCACACCACAGAAUCUGUGGCUUGUUCGAAAAGGCAUUGGAUAAAGAUAUGCUUUACAGCUCAGUUGUACUGUUUCGUUGCUACAUUAGGCAUGAAUUGUACAUUGCAUAUGAUCCUUCUGCGUCUUGAAGUAUCUUCAUUCGUGCUAUCCAUGCCUGGUGUGUAUUUGUGUUUUAGGUUACUUCUCUAAUGCUAAAAACUUGUUCUCUCUCCCCAAAAAUGUGGUAAAAAAAAACUAUUUAUUAGUUGUUCUGAUUUCUGACGUAGAUAUUUGGUAGAACUAGAAAGGACCGUACAGAUUAAGCUGUUUUAAUGCAUUAGUUAUUAAGCUGUUUGAUUUUUGUAGUCUAAAAUUCUAAAUGUUACCAUCCAUUCUGAUUCUGCCGUCAACUUAACCAUUCCUGGUUUCCCUUUUCUUUUCUAUAUGGUUAGCAAUAUAAACUUCAAUGACUAUAUCUGUAAGAAUGAAUGUCACAUUCUCAACAAUAUCACAGCGAAUAAAAUCUCUUAUGUAUUUUUGUUUCUUAUUAUUUUUUUCAAUAUUUGACAGAGAUUUAAUGAAUCUAGUUCACCCCAAUAUCAUAGCGAACAACUCUAUCCAUCUUCUAUAAAGGGUUGUAGCGAGCGCACUCAAUCAUAUACUAGAUGAAAGGACAUAUGUUAGUACAAUGUUCUUGCAUCGGGAUCACAGACCUGACAACACAAACGGCCAGAGAUUAUCUAGAGCCAAUAAAAAGAUACAAACAGACCAAUAUAUCUUGGAGUAUAAACACUAGCAAGAUGCAAAAUGUUCUUACAUCGGCAUCACACACCUGAAAACGCAUGCGAGUCUUCUAGUAUUUUCUUAUCAACUUAUCAUGCACUUGCAUAUUAUAUUUAUGAGAAUAUAAAAUAGUUAAAGGAUGAGGAUUCAAAUUCUAAUGUUGGAGAAGAUAUAACUUUUAAUAUAUUAACAUUAUGCAAAUAAUAAAAAAGUGUGAUUGUAUUGCCUUUACUGAAUCAAAAAUAUGUUUGGAAGAUAAGCAUAGUAUGGAUUCACAUUGCUUUCUUAAACAUUAUUGACAUGUUUUGAUGUUAUGCUUAGCUUUAUAAUAAUGUUCUAACAAUUGAUACACAAGAUUUAUGCCUAAUGUGAUUUACUGUUGAACAUCGUUGCUUCAAUAAAUCGUAACUAACUAAAUUGUUUCGUCAAAUUAAAAUGUGUUUGGAACAGUGGAUUUUUGGAAGACAAGAAGAAACCAAUAAUCUUCUCAAUGGCAAGGCUUGACAAAGUGAAAAACAUUAGUGGCCUAGUCGAGUGGUUCGCGAAGAACAAGAGACUAAGAAGUUUAGUAAAUCUUGUGAUCGUUGGAGGAUUCUUCGAUCCUUCAAAAUCCAAAGAUAGCGAAGAAACAGAAGAAAUCAAGAAAAUGCAUUACUUAAUUGAUGAAAGAAUACAAACUGCAAGGUCAGUUCAGAUGGAUUGCGGCUCAAACUGAUCGAUAUCACAAUGGAGAGCUUUACCGAUGUAUCGCGGAUACAAAAGGAGCUUUUGUUCAACCAGCAUUGUAUGAAGCUUUUGGUCUAACAGUGAUUGAAGCAAUGAACUGUGGAUUACCAACUUUUGCAACAAAUCAAGGUGGUCCAGCUGAAAUCAUAGUUGAAGGUGUAUCAGGUUUUCAUAUUGAUCCUCAUAAUGGAGAUGAAUCAAUCAACAAAAUUUCUGAAUUUUUUGAGAAGUGCAAGACUAAUCCUUAACAUUGGAACAUAGUCUCUAAAGCUGGUCUUCAAAGAAUCAAUGAAUGCUAUGCAUGGAAGAUAUAUGCAAACAAAGUGUUGAAUAUGGGAUCAAUUUAUGGGUUUUGGAGAAAGUUGAACAAAGAACAAAAGUUGGCAAAGGAAAGAUAUAUCCAAAUGUUUUAUAAACUUCAAUUUAGGAACUUGGCAAGAAAGGUACCAAUUCAUCCCAAGAACCUCAACCAAUGUCAACAACUCCUACCAAAAAAGCAGAAGCUACAUCCAAGGGGCAUGAUGCAGCACAAGCAAAAGCUGAAGUUCCUCAAACCCAUUUGGCAACAUUACCACCCAAAAUUGAAUCUCAGCCAACAUCAAGUGGUGAAUCUUCAAGUAAGGAACUAGCUGCAAAACAAAGUGGUGAUCUUUAUGUUGUAAUUUGGGGUCUAACUCAUCCUUACAAAACCGGCUUGUAAGGUGAGGAUUACCUCCUCUUUAUAUACUCUUCUCAAGAUUAAAGAGCAAUUCCCAUACAUCAUAUAUUGAUAUAUCAAUGCCAAUGGGGCCUAAGUAAUUUACAAUAGAAA